AUAGAAGUCUGCAAAUGCCUGUGGGCUUACAACUUUGAAGCCACGUUUACUUCUUUUCUUUUCUUUUUUUGUUUGCGAAAAAUACUCAAAAUGUUUGCGCAUUGCACAAAGUCAUCGCUGCCGGCGGCGGACGCCCACCUACCAACGCUGCGGCUCCCAAAUCCACGGCGGAGUCCGGCGGCAGAGCUUCAUUUCGGCUUCAAUAGUUUUUCUAUUAGAACAUCGAAACUGCAAGUCAAAGCUUUGGACCGGAACAGUAACAACAGUAGCACCGGUGACGGCGUCGGCGCUAGUAAGAACGCCGCUUCAUCGCCGUCAUCAUCGGUUCCGAACACGAACUACGUGGUGCCACUAGACAAGGCUUCGUCUUGCAUUACUCGUCCCUUGGCCGAGAUCCUACGUGACCUGAACAAGAGAAUUCCUGAUAACAUCAUCAAAGCUGAUAAGAAUGAUGAUCACUCCACCUUUAUCACCUGGUACCAUGCUAACCGGAUGUUGAGCUUCUACGCUCCAGGCUGGUGUGGGGAAGUACGAGAUGUCAUUUUCUCAGAUAAUGGAAGUGUGACAGUUGUUUAUCGUGUCACUAUACGCGGAUCAGAUGGAGAGGCACACCGCGAAUCAACUGGAACAGUAUCACCAGGCAAUGGACAGUACACAGAUGUGGUUGCUGCUGCUGAGGAGAUCGCAUUUUGCAGAGCAUGUGCUCGUUUCGGGCUUGGCUUGUAUCUGUAUCAUUAAUAAGAAUAGUGGACAGUUUUGAAGAUGCUGUUGAAGGAAACAUGAUGUAAUAUUUAUUAUGCGGGAUGAUGUAAAAAUAUUAUUCAUGAGGAUUGUUAGUUAUGUACUAAAAUUAUGGUCAUGGUCAUGGAGAAUUGAGGCCUCAAAAUAUGAAAAGAUAUCAGAUAUCUUCUAUUGUUCGACAGAAGUGUAUCGUAUGUAUUUGUUAGAUUGUAAUGCCUCAGUAGUUGAUACUUACUAUUUAUGUAGAAAUAACGUCCGCUGAUCA